CCCGAAGCCCUGUCGCUGUUUGCAUGAGAACGGCGCCCGGCCGCCGCGCAGCCACCUUGGAAGGAGUUGGGGAUCAGUCGGGCUAACUCCGGCCAGCAUGCCGAGGAGGAAGCAGCAGGCGCCCAGGCGCUCAGCAGAGUCUAUUGCCUGCUCCUCUAAUUGUGGAAUCCGAGAUCACUGCUGCAUUGCUCUUCUCCCGUCUUCCCUUCUGAGCCACAGAGGCAGGCUCAGUGCCAAAGAUCAAGACACUGCAACUUCUCCCUGAGAGCGUCUACAAUGUGCCUCGCUGUGGAUGCUGCCCGUUUGCAUGAGUGGUACCAUUUCUGCCUUUGAAUUAGAAACGGAGGGAUAACCACGGUAAACAGCCACGCUUAUGUUUCAGACGAACUGAAGGCAGCAGUAUUAGGAGACGAGGAAGCUGAAGCCAAUGAGUCCGGAGCUGAUGGGGAAUCAUCUUCAAAGUACAUGUGCAAUGAGCAGGAAUUUAGCAAGGAAUCUCCCAGCUACCACGACUCUCCAGCUGCUGAGUUUUCCAGUCAGGAGAUGGACAGCACGUCACACGUCAGCGAAACCAGUGAUCGAUUGGCAGACUUUGAGAACAACUCCAUAAAGAAUGAAGAUGAAUGUAAGGAGGGCGGUGGGCCACCUGAAGAAGGCGGAGUGCAGGAUAGCUUAGAACAAAUGAAAGCAAUAUAUAACAAUAUCCUAUCGAAUUCCUACUGGUCGUCUCUGAGUCUGGGGCUCAACCAGCCAAGCGAGCCGGUGACAAAUGGCGGCAGCAGUAGCAGCAGCAGCAGCAGCAGUAGUAGCAGCAGUUGUGAGAGCGGCAGCUUCGACUGGCAUCAGUCCGCCAUGUCCAAGACAUUGCAGCAAGUCUCCCAGAGCCGGUUUAUGCAGGAGCCGAGCCUCUUCAGCACAGUACAGUUGUACAGACAGAGCAGCAAGCUCUAUGGGUCCAUAUUCAGCGGGGCCAGCAAAUUCCGCUGUAAAGACUGCAGCGCCGCCUAUGACACCUUGGUGGAGCUGACCGUGCACAUGAAUGAAACUGGACACUACCGAGACGAAAACAAUGAAACUGACAAUAACAAUCCUAAAAAGUGGUCCAAGCCCCGUAAGCGCUCAUUGUUGGAGAUGGAGGGAAAGGAAGAUGCACAGAAGGUUCUAAAAUGCAUGUACUGUGGCCAUUCAUUUGAGUCUCUUCAGGACUUAAGUGUGCACAUGAUCAAAACUAAACACUAUCAGAAAGUGCCUCUGAAGGAACCCGUGACACCAAUUUCCACAAAAGUUCUCCCUUCCACCAGGAAAAGGCCGCUGCUUGAGCUUGAGUUGCCAAGUUCUCCAGAAUCCACAGGUGGCACACCAAAAACAUCAUUCUCUGACACAAGUGAUACACUACAGAAAUCUUCAAAUCCUUAUGUCACACCAAAUAACCGCUAUGGACACCAGAAUGGUGCCAGCUAUGCCUGGCAGUUUGAGGCAAGGAAAUCUCAAAUUCUCAAGUGUAUGGAGUGUGGGAGCUCUCAUGAUACUCUGCAGGAACUGACUGCACAUAUGAUGGUGACUGGACAUUUUGUUAAAGUGACCAAUUCUGCAAUCAAGAAGGGGAAGCAGAUGGUUGAAGCACCUCAGACACCAACUCCAACACCAGUAUCAGCUAUCCUAGAAGAUAAAGUCCAGUCUGUUCCUCUAGCAGCAAGUGCUUUCACAUCAUCACUAAGUACCCCCACCAGCGUCUCACCAAAAUUGAACCUUGAAGUGAAAAGGGAAGUUGAAAAAGAUUCUGAAAGUGAUGAAGACAAAGUCAAAGAGAAAGAAAAACUCUGUGAGGAGGAGGAAAAGUAUGACAUCUCCUCCAAAUAUCAGUAUCUAACAGAAGAAGACCUGGAAGAAAAUCCGAAAGGGGGCCUAGACAUCCUAAAGUCUUUAGAAAAUACAGUGACCUCUGCUAUUAAUAAAGCUCAGAAUGGGACUCCGAGCUGGAGUGGCUAUCCCAGUAUUCAUGCUGCCUAUCAGCUUCCUAAUAUAAUGAAGCUACCAUUUGGGUCAUCAGGUAAGAAUACACAAUUGAAACCAGCAUAUAGCAACAUAGAUGGCAUGGCCUCUCCAAAGAGCCAGCCACUGGUUUCACCACCCAGCAGCCAGAACUCUCCUGUACCAAAAAACAACUUCCACGCUAUGGAAGAGCUAGUGAAGAAAGUCACAGAGAAGGUAGCAAAAACUGAAGAGAAAAGUAAAGAGCCAGAGAAUAAACUGUCCCGGCUGAAACAUGGGACACCUUCACCGUGUGGCAGCGAAGCAGGCGAACAACAAAAGUGUGAGUCUUCGAAAGACCCAGGUCCCAAGAGCCAUGAAAGUGUUUCCAACAAUCAGAAGGACACUGCUAAAGAGAGCCCGUCAAAGGAUCAUUUAGAGAAUGGUACAGAGGCCUUAAAACUCACUACAAAUAAUACGUGCACCAGCACUGCAAUUAUUACAGAUCACCCUCCCGAACAACCUUUCGUUAAUCCAUUAAGUGCAUUGCAGUCCGUUAUGAAUGUUCAUUUGGGGAAAGCAGCUAAACCUGCAUUGCCUACCCUGGACCCUAUGAGCAUGUUGUACAAAAUGAGUAAUAGCUUGGCAGAAAAGGCUGCUGUGGCCACGCCAAUUCUGCAGGCCAAGAAAGCAGAGCCCGUGGACCGUUAUUUUUAUCAUGUCAGCAGUGACCAGCCUAUUGAUUUGACGAAAGCCAAGAGUGACAAAAGUGGUUCUUUGGGUUCAGUGCUUUUGUCAUCCACAUCCCCAUCGUCAACAUCUUCUUCAUCCACCGUGACAACAGCAAAGACAUCUGCAGUCGUGUCAUUCAUGUCACAUUCGCCGCUACGCGAGAAUGCCUUGUCAGAUAUAUCUGACAUGCUGAAAAACCUGACAGGAAGUCACACAUCAAAAUCUUCUACACCUACGAGCAUUUCAGACAAAUCCGAGGUGGAUGGUAGCACGAUGGAGGAGCCAGAGGAGAUUUCGCCAGCUCAGAAACGCAAAGGUCGGCAGUCAAACUGGAACCCACAGCAUUUACUUAUACUGCAGGCCCAGUUUGCAGCCAGCCUGAGACAAACCACAGAUGGCAAGUUCAUUAUGUCGGACCUCAGCCCACAGGAAAGAAUGCACAUCUCAAGGUUUACAGGACUCUCCAUGACAACAAUCAGCCACUGGUUAGCCAAUGUCAAGUAUCAGCUUCGAAGGACAGGGGGAACAAAAUUUCUUAAAAACCUGGACUCUGGUCAUCCAGUGUUUUUUUGUAAUGAUUGUGCAUCACAGAUCAGAACUCCUUCUACCUAUAUCAGUCACUUAGAAUCACACUUAGGCUUCAGGUUACGAGACUUAUCCAAACUUUCUAGUGAACAGAUAAGCAGCCAGGUUACACAUGCAAAGCUGCCCUCUGAAAAAUCGGUGUUGCCAUCUCAAGAUGAUGAGACUGGUAUAACCUUCCAGUGCAAACUCUGUAAUCGGACUUUUGCCAGUAAGCACGCAGUUAAACUGCAUCUCAGUAAAACUCAUGGCAAAUCACCAGAGGACCAUCUUCUGUACGUUAUAGAGCUAGAGAAACAGUAGCAUUUACUUUAGUAGCCCUAACUGUUUGCUUUGAGGACAACUCUGAAAGAAGCCUUAAAGCUACUGUAACAACUCUUGGCACAUGUUCUUGAUUUAUUACAGAGUAGCACUCUGAUCUGAACUCUUUUAUAUAACUGUACAGUGUUUAAUGGAAGCACGUAAUCAGCAAUUGUUACUGGUUGAUUACAAGGGUAAAAAUGGUAAGUGUUUGGAAUUUUGUGUAAAUUGGAUUUAGUUGCUAUGUAUCGUUCAGAUGCAUUAAGCUGCAUGCGUAAUGGACAAUUUAGUUAAGCAUUUAAUACUGAACCUGGUGCACUUUCUCAUGUGACUUAAGUGUGCUGGUGUUUCUCAGCCUUUAACCUUUAACCCUCUGAGCACUGCUGAAGCACUUCUGCAUUAAGUUGCAAAAACAAAUUGGCUGCAUUCUUAUUUUUCAGAUCACUGAUUGAAAGUCAUUAUUAAAACGACUAUCUGCAUUGGUCUUUAUUCAGUUCUUUGUCACGAUCUUUGUGCAGAUGACAUUACACAAUAUAAUUUUCAAAUGUAUUAUUUAAUAGAAGUGAACCAACCAUGUUCAGAGCUCAAAUGAAUAGGCAUUGCUCGAAGGGUUAAUAAAAUUUAAAAAAAACAACUUGUACUGUAUUCCUUCAACAGUAAUAUACAAAAUCCUUCAAAAGGUUUAUGCUAUGAGAUCCUGCUACAAAUGUAAAAAGGCAUUCCAUGAUGUAACCUCCUUUACUUAUUUAUGAGCACUCUCACUUGUUAUUUUAAUGAUCAUCAUGUGUAGAAUGCCUUUGAUUGGUAAGUUUUGUUCUGCCUAAUUAUCCUCCCAUGAUUCCCUACUGCAUCUUUAUAUUUUGGCAUAUAAAAGGUAACCCGUGGUUACCAGCACACUGAGUGAGUCUGUUCAUCUCCAUUUUUUUUUCAGUUAAUUUGCAGAAAUAACUGACAGCUGACACCAUACACGAAUAUAUGUAUAAAAUAGGCAUGUAAACAGCACAGAUAGUGAAAUGCACUCUGUGCCCUGUUUUGUUGCUGGAACUGAAACACCGUUAUUGUCAUUCACAUAACUUUUUUAACUGCACCAUUAAAACAUUUUACAAUAAUUUUGUGUUGUUUCCACACUAUAGUCCACAUUUAGGGUGCUACAGGUAACAAGCACAUUGCCAGUGAAGAUAUUACAUAUUCCAAGCUGGAGUUUGAGUGGGAUUAUGGCCCUGUCAGGCAAAGGUUUUGCUCAAAACAUUACUUGUCAGAUAACUAGAGCACUUACAGAGAGAUGCUUUAGGGGUUAGCACCUUUCGAAAGGCCUUAAUUCACAGGUGCGCGAAGAAGACCUAACUGUAACCCCACCCAAGGACUAGCUUGUCCCCACAACAUGUAUAUCUUCUAGCCGUCACAUUCACCCAGUAUCUUAAAAUAACAUUUGUGAUAAAUGUGCAAUUUACCUAAUUUAUGGCACUAUGAUGUGCUCAGGGCUACAUACAAGAUGAAAAUCUGAAAUGGAGCUUGAACAGUGCACUUCACAACAAGAAAUCAAUAUGCCAUGGCUUAGAGAGCUAUCUGCUAAGAUAAAAUUAGCAGAAACCAUCUACCAAGGAACAUCAGUCCUGUCUGUGACCACAGAGUGGUUAUAGUAAACCAAAGGAUAACUUAAUAAAGGAUUAGUAACUCACAAACAAAACUACCAACAUUUGUGCAUGCAGUCUCAGUUUUUGUAAUAAUAUUUUAUGUCCUGUACAUAAUGAUCUUUUCAAUGAUCUUGACUUUGUCCCAGUCAACUGUCUCUUUUGCAGGCGAUGCACCAGCUCUGGAUGACAGGGAGCCAUGAGUUAUUUUUAAAAAUUGGGCAUAAUCUAAAGUCACCAUACCCAGCAAGCUUGACUAUGAUACUAACAAACAUCUAAUGAGUGGUUACUUGAUGAAAAACCAUGAAGCUGAUUGAAACUUCAGGAUUGCUUCUUGCAAUUGUUCCCCUCUUUUGUAUGUGAUUUGUGUUGCUCAAGAAGCAUAGAGAUUUCUCUGAAAUUCUUCCCUCUCCUCUUUACCAGAAACACUAUAUAUACUGGACAGCUUUCACAAUCAGCUUAAACGUUUAAUCCCACCUUUGUAUUUCCUGGACUUUAAAUGGAUUUUUAAUUGUCACCUGCUUUCCAUGGUCAAAUGCAAUGGCUAUACACACUGUGCAUAUAUUCUGUACAUGUUAACAGGCGAAUUCUGGUUGUUUUAUAUAUUUGAGAAUUUAAUUACACAGUUUCUAGGUUUCUGCUGAGCCGUGUUCUUAAACAUGUAAAACAGGAGCGGUAGCUGCAAUUAACCUGAGUAUUAAAUUCAGAAAGUAGCUGCAAUUUGAAUUCCAUGUAAAGUCAACAUUGUCAUCUUAAUUUCCUUAAAAUUGUUUAUUUAAAUUUUGUUACAAUGUCGACAUUUUUUCUACUGAAAAUAUUUUAUAUGUUAACAUAAUCGAUUAUUGUACAAAAGCACUCUGGACCACUGCAACAAAGAACAGUGUAUGAAUGUAACAGGAUACAAUAAAAAGAAAUAUACAUGUUGCA